GUGGGCAUGGGGACCAUCAGCGAAGGCAGUGGCGGAGGGAAGCCGCAGAGAAGAACUUGUUCUUGCACCAAGCAGGACUUCCUUCCCGAGGAGUCGUUCCAGAGCUGGGCUAACUACGGCAAGGCGCUUAAGGAGACGGGAAUGCGACUCAAGGAUCGCGUCAUGUCGCGGUCCCUCGACAAGUCGGAGCUCACCGAGAUCAGGGCACGGAGUGGGCACGAAAUGAAGAAGAACCUCACAUGGUGGGACCUCAUCUGGUUCGGCAUCGGCGCCGUCAUCGGCGCCGGCAUCUUCGUCCUCACUGGCCAGGAGGCGCGUGACGAUGCUGGCCCUGCUGUCAUCCUUUCCUACGUCGUCUCCGGCGUCUCUGCCAUGCUCUCUGUUUUCUGCUACACCGAGUUCGCUGUGGAGAUUCCAGUUGCAGGUGGUUCCUUUGCCUAUCUUCGUGUCGAGCUCGGCGAUUUCAUGGCCUUCAUCGCUGCCGGCAACAUCCUCCUCGAGUACGUGAUCGGUGGUGCCGCCGUCUCCCGCUCAUGGACGUCGUACUUCGCCACCCUCCUUAACCACCACCCGAACGAUUUCCGCAUCCACGCUACCUCCCUUGAUCCCGACUACAGCCACCUCGAUCCCAUCGCUGUCGUCGUCAUCACCUUAGUCUGCGUCGCCGCUGUCCUCUCCACCAAGGCGACCUCUCGCUUCAAUUACGUAGCCUCCAUCAUCCACCUCGCCAUCAUCAUAUUCAUCAUCAUCGCCGGCCUCACCCACGCCAAUACCAAAAAUCUCUCCGAAUUCGCUCCCUUCGGUGUUCGCGGACUCUUUUCUGCCUCCGCUGUGCUGUUCUUCGCCUAUGUCGGCUUCGAUGCAGUGUCUACGAUGGCCGAGGAGACCAGAAACCCGGCGAAGGACAUCCCGCUGGGCCUCGUCGGUGCGAUGACCGUCACGACCGUCUGCUACUGCCUACUGGCGCUCACUCUCUGCCUCAUGCAGCCUUAUGCGCAGAUCGACCCCGAUGCGCCCUUCUCGGUGGCCUUUGAGGCCAUCGGCAUGGAGUGGGCAAAGUACAUCGUGGCCUUCGGCGCCCUCAAAGGCAUGACGACGGUGCUCCUCGUGUCGGCCGUCGGGCAGGCCCGCUACCUCACCCACAUCGCCCGCACCCACAUGGUUCCUCCAUGGUUCGCCGAGGUCCACCCCACCACCGGCACCCCCAUCAACGCCACCGUGGUUAUGCUCGUGGCCACUGCGAUCAUCGCCUUCUUCACCAACCUCAACAUACUCUCCAACCUCCUCUCCAUCUCGACACUCUUCAUCUUCAUGCUGGUUGCGGUGGCCCUCCUCGUCCGACGUUAUUACGUCAAUGGCGAGACGACCGACACCAACCGAAACAAGCUCCUAGGCGCCAUCGUGCUGAUCCUGGCAUCUUCCAUCGCGACCGCUGCGUACUGGGCGGCAGGCGGGGAAGGGUGGGUCGGUUACGUGGUGACGGUGGUGGUAUGGUUCGGGGCGACAGGGUUCUUGUGGUGGGCGGUGCCGCAGGCGAGGGCGCCGCAGACGUGGGGAGUGCCGCUGGUGCCGUGGCUGCCGUCGGCGUCCAUUGCCAUCAACAUAUUCCUGCUCGGUUCAAUCGACGGGCCUUCGUUCGUGAGGUUCGGCGUAUGGACCGUACUGCUGCUCAUCUACUACUUCUUCUUCGGGCUCCAUGCGUCCUACGAUACGGCCAAGGCUUCAACUGCAUCACAGCCAUAUAAUAAAGGUAAUAGCAGCAUUUUUUGCAUGUUACACAAAAUACAGAUGACCAAUUCCAGGAAAAUAUUAAGCAACACUAAGUUCCACAGCUACCUGAUCAUGUUUCAAUGAGAAUCAUUGUGUGAAUAAUGCAUUCAAAUUGGUUUCCAUCAAAUGGACAAGACCUUGUCUCAGAUAUUUUACUAACAUGAAUAUGCAACACUAAGUUCAAACAUUUCUUUGAUAAGAUACCUUGGUUUUUUAUAUUAUUUCACUUCUCAAGCAAACCAAAUAAAAGAAGAAACCAUUAUGAUUACAAUGUUGCAAGCCAAUGAAAAGAUUUUUUGGUCUUAAGACUUCUCACCAUGCUUGGUACAAGAGGUUUUCUAAUAUUCCCACCACCUAGCCAAUUCAGGUCUGUUAAGCUUGCUCCUUUUAUGACCUGGGUAAUCAGAGAUUUGAGUUCUGGAAAUCGCCUGUUCGGCUGGAAAGGUAUUGCUACAUAUAUUAACCCUUCUGUAUCUUUUCAAAUAUCCAAAUGUAUUUUAAAAUGAGAAGAGGGUUAUUUGGUCUGUUUUUCUCACUAAUCCUGUAUCUCAUCUUUGUUUUUUUUUUCCACAUUUAUUUUUGAAUUAUUUAUCCAACAAAUAGCAUAGACAAGUUUAAGUGAUUUAACUGAAUGUCAUAAUGUCUCAAAAGGCAACCCAAAAGCAUGACGUUCUCACCAAUAUAGGAUCCAGAAAGUGUCAAUAUGCAGCCUUGUUUUCACGAUUCAAGCCAUUAGCAGAUUGCAAAGAGCAACCACACUGUGGUGCCAAGGCUCGCGAUUGCCUUCUUCAUGCAAUAUUCAAACCUCCAUCCACCUUGAAUGAUGAAUCCAAUUUAAAUGCAUGCAUCGUAUGUACAUCU